CCUACGACUACGUACUCGGUAGUACCCAAGGCAGGCAGUCCAGCCCAACCUCUGCACCAAAGGCACCUUAGGUUCACUACGGAUACCUCACCGUAAUAGUUAGGUACAACAGAGUCACAGACCGCACCUCAGUAUUUGUACCUGUAACACGGUGCGGUAAGGUACCGAUUACUCUCAUCUCACCGGCACAUCCACUCAAAAACCCGCUCGGAAAUCGGUCACUGGUUGGUACGGAUACCUUGCCUACCCGCUACAAGACUACCUCCGAAAUUCACAUCUGUCCGGCUGACCAUCAAGUACCUCACUUUGUAGCGCUUGCCCCAAGGUUCCCUUUUUCGUCGCCCUGGUCACCUCUUGCUCCCCGUCCUCACUGCGUCCCCGUUAGGUCUGCCUCUCCGCAGCGGUGCACCUGAGGUACGAAGUACACACAUCCAUAGGAGACGACUCAUCCCAUUUUACAAUAACCACCCCAUCGCCGCCGCCAUUCUCCCGUUCUCCGUCUUCUAUCCUCUCCCUCGCGACUCAAAAAGCUCCCAACAAGGAAACAACUUUCAUGCGUCAGGCUGAUCGUGCCGUGACCUGGAUCGCGAUUUCGACUCACCACCAACUCUCGUCCCUCCCUCGACACAGAGCUGGACGCUAUUGAACCGGUACCUUGCAUCCGAACCGUACAAGUAAACACACAUAGGUACUCAACUACACACACUCACCUACGAAUACAACACCCGCCCCGGUGGAGCACUUGUUCCUGAUUCACCCAAGGAACGGACGACUCUACGCCACCAAACCAAAUUACCAGACCACAACCAUUGCGCGAAUCUUUACAUCUCGACAUUCUCCCCAGGGCGGAUUUCCGACGAAUCGAUUGCCAGGUAAAUUCCAAUUCGUUCGCUCUUUGGCAUACCUCGCUGUGGAAUUCACCAUACCCCAAGAAUUUCCCGCGGCCGAGGUAUCCCCAAGACCAAGGCACAAAGAGGCGCUCGCCCUGAGAGAGAGCAAUUGCGCUAAUAAGCCAUCCAACAGCUUUUGCGUCAUCCCUCCUGCACGCACGCUGCAACUGCGCAUCGCUCACUCCCUGCCGGCAAGCCCCCCCAAGACAUCCAUCCCACCACCAGUGUCGAUGCUCCUUACCUGGGUCUCAACCCCCAGCUGCCUCCUUCUUUCUCAAGAGUCUUAAUCAUGUUCGCCUCCGACUCUUUCCUGCCAUCGGCCUUUACCGACCACGAUCCCAAUAUGCCGCCCUCUGCCGUCAUCUCUCCGUUGUCACUCAAUCGAAUGGCGAGCUCCUGUUAUUUCGACAAUAGAUCGACGACAACGACGAGUGCCACGGGCAACUCCAUUUACUCUCCACAAUCAUCCGGCGCUGUGCGCUAUCCGCCGCAAACGCAAAGCCUUCUUUCACCCCAUUUACACCCCAACGGCGUCAACGGCACAAAGAGCUAUAGAGAGACGAUUUCGAACGACCAAGUACCAAGAGUCGUCUCGCCGAGUCAUUUCGAACAAUUCAACGGCCACAACCCCUCCACGUUUUCGUUGACGGCCAGAGUCUCUCCGAACGGAAUGCCUCACCCACGAUCAGUAUCUGCCGAUGCAGCCUCGGCUCCUGCGUCUGCACAGAUUAUUAGACGCCUCGCUCAGCAGAAUGCGCGGAUUCGGGAGGCCUGGGAAGCCGAGCGCAAGUACAUGGAAGCCAACCGCGAACGUGUCGAGGAAGUAUACAAGGAGGAGCGGAUGAUUAUGGAAGACGAACGUCUUGCAUGGGAAGCCGAAAAGAACGACCUGACGGAGCAGAUCCGCCGCCUCAAAGAGCAAGUUGCAGCGAUCGACAAUGACAAGAUUCGGCUGCAAGGUGCGCUCCAAAGAGCCGAGCUAGAGAAGGCGGGCAAAGUCGCCGGCGUCACUGUUGCAAUUCCAGGAACAGGAACGCGAGGUGGGGCCGACGGCUCCACUGAACUUUCUUUCCCAGGAUUCUCCUCGCAACCCAAUGACGCGCGGUUCGGCCUCUCGAACGGCACUGCACAGCGGAGGCCGACUAAUGGCUCUUCCUCAGCCUCCGUCUCGCCAGCCCAGAUUAGAUCUCACUUUAUUAGUCCUGGUAGUUCCCGGAUUUCUCCUUCCAGGCAACCAGAGUCUUCGCCAUUCAUCCCACUCAACCCCAACAUGCAACCCACUACCGCAGAUCCCGUCGACUUCCUCAGCUCUCCCAAGGACGAGGAGCCUGUUCCCAUUGUCGACAUUCAAAUUAUCAACCCUCAGCUUGAGGGCGUCCCCCUCAAGGCACCCGCCAUUCAAAAGAGCACAUUCAUCGACUCCGGCAUGACCCCUCCGGAGAACUCAAAGAACUCCUCCAGAGCCGUUUCUCCGCCUGGAGAGUCCGGCAAGUCCAGGCGAAGCCCUACUCAGGAACACACCCUCGAGGUGCUCGCCGCUCCCGAGCCUGCCAGACUCGUCAUGCACGCUGGCCACACGCCGAGCCAUUCCCUCUCCGUUCUGGGAACAGCUCCUGGCACAGAAGUUGCGACAGUCGCUGACGGUAGUGGAGGCUCUACACCGACUUUGGCACCGACAGACAUGAGCUCGAACCCGGCAACGCUGUAUGAUGUCAGGGCCAGAGCAGACUCAUCCGAUCUUCAGGAUGACGAUUACCGCGGUACCGAUGAGCCCCUCCCCACGUUGGAGGCGGCAGACGACGUUGCCCUGAAGGGCCCCUUGAUGGUUCGCAACAUCCCUGCUCAUGACGAAAUCUUCUUCAAGCGGUUGUCCGAAAAGCUUGAAGACGUGAGCAGCGGCGCCGAUGCCGUUCCCACUUGCAUGAAGGCGCCGACUCCGGAACUCGUCGAAGAGCCUUCGGAGGCGAAAGAGAAUCUCUACGUAGCAAAGGCGGACACAGAUGCCGCCAGCGACAAGGGUUCGACCAGCGACAGAGCUUCUUCCUCGGAUAGAGACGACGUCUCCGAAUCGCAGAGCAAGCUCGAGGAUAUUGACAUUCCCCUCAAGCUCAAGCAGAGCACCAACUUUGGAGCUCCGUUGGGCGCCAUGUUCUAAACGUCGCAGAACCAACUCACGACUACUUUAUUUCGCAGGAGCCAGUUCUCCUCAUCACUACAGCCGAAACCCGCGCAUAGACUUUUCAUAAUCUCCGAUCCCAUUCAGCACAUACGAUCCGCCUCUCUGUACAAAGUUGUGGACUUUCUACACUCACUUGGCUUUGGCUUUUCACAAUAAACCAGCCCCCUUCACCUCUUUUCCUAUGUAUAUUCCCACACGGUGGGCGGCUUGCUUUUCAAUUCCCCGGCGAUAGACAGGAUGACUGGAAGGGUUCCCUCGAUGCUCCACGGAGCCGCAUCACUCGAUUUUUCUCAUGGAACGGAUUUCACGGUGUUUACAGAAAAAUGCACAAUACCCCCCGGAGGAUUGGAAUUCCUUCUCACGAAUUGGCUUGGUUGUUUUUUUCAAUGGAUACGGUGUCGAUGGAGGCGCAGACGCCUAGGUAGGGGUGGAAGAAGACAGAUGACGCGACAGACGUCGUGGAUGGGAGGCACUUGGAACUCCGUUCCUAGGCCGAUCCAUCAGCACAAUGACAAUGCAACAACUAGAUAGACGGCCGGUGCGUGAUGUCUGGAGGUUGGUUGCAAGAAGCGAUGUAUAGGCAUAGCCGAACAAGAAUAAACAUUGC